UUUUGGAGGGAUCGCAGCGAAACGACAAGACACAAUGAUAUCGGUUUACGACCCUGAUCUGCCAUGCGUGCACAAAAUAGCCGUUGAUAUAACCGAUGGCAGCAAGAUCAGGAUACAAGGAAGCAUACCACGUGAUGCUCACAGAUUCUGGAUAGAUUUCCAAUGCGGUCUUAGCAUGAGUACCAACGUCGACGUGGCAUUCCACCUGAACCCAAGAUUCGACCACAUGGCAGUGGUCCGCAACACCCUGAUUGACGAAGAGUGGGGGGAGGAAGAGAGGACUGGUGGUAUUCCCCUGUCUAGAGGAGAAGACUUCGACAUGCUGAUAGAGUGUGACAUACGAUGUUGGAAGGUGUCCAUCAACGGGCAGCACUUCUGCGAGUAUAUUCAUCGCAUCGAGUACGAUCGCAUCACUCACCUGGUCGUCUUUGGCGACGUCAAAAUUAUAAAGUGCAAUAUUGACGCACCGUCCCAAGAUCCCUAUGGCCAGAAUGUGCAGUGCGUGCAUAAAAUACCCGGUGGCAUAUGCAGUAGCAGCAAGAUCAGGAUACAGGGAAGCAUACCACAUGAUGCUCACAGAUUCUGGAUAGAUCUCCAAAGCGGUGCUGACGUCGCAUUCCACAUCAGCCCUAGAUUCGACGAGAUGGAGAUAAUUCGCAACACCUUCAGUGCUGGAGUUUGGGGGGAAGAAGAGAGGAGCGGGGGUAUGCCCCUCUGCAGAGGAGAUAACUUCGAUAUGCUGAUCGCGUCUGAUGAAGAAUCUUUUAGGGUGGCCAUCAACGGGCAGCACUUCUGCGAGUUUGUUCAUCGCAUCGGGUUCGUGCACAUCGAUCACCUGGCUGUGUACGGCGACGUCAAUAUAAAACUGAUCAGCUUAUAAAACUGUAAAACCUUUUCUAUUUAUGUUUAAGAUUUGUAUAAAACUGUAUUUUUCGAGAAAUAAACAGCUUUUUAUAUA